AUGGGCUCCAUAGACACCACCUUCUCCCGCUUCACCCCGCCGCCUCCGCCGCAGCCGUCGUCCUCCUCCUCAUCCUCCUCAUCCUCCACCACCACCACAAACCCCUCCGCUACCGCUACCACUACCGCUACCGCCGCUCCCGCCUCCAUCGACUUCACCGCCCCCUGGACGACCGACACCCUCCUCCAAGUCCGCACGGGCAAGACGCGCACGGUCCCGGGGACGUCGAUCCCGUCGGCCAUCGCGAAGCGGCCGCGGCUGGACCCUGACGGGGUCCGGCUGACGGCGCUGGGGCUGGCGGGCGACCAGCAGACCUUCUUCAAGCACGGCGGGCCAGACAAGGCGGUCCUGCAGUACUGCGCCGCCCACUACGCCGCCUGGCAGGCCGAAUUACCGCCCCAUGCUGCUGCCGCGCUGCGGCCUGGCGGCUUCGGCGAGAACUUCGUCACGGCUGGCCGGAUGAGCGAGUGGAAUGUUUGUAUAGGGGAUGUUGUUGAGGUUGGAGGCGAUGGUGGGGCGAGGCUGCAGGUCAGCUUGCCCCGCGCGCCUUGCUACAAGUUGAACCAUCGGUUUCAGGUGGAUGGGAUGGCGCGGUUGAGCCAGGAGACGGGGCGGACGGGGUGGUACUAUAGGGUGCUGAGGGAGGGGACGGUGAAGGUGGGCGAUGAGAUUAGGUUGGUGGAGCGGAAGAAUCCCAAGUGGACGGUGAGGAGGGUGCAGGAGAUCCUGCAUAAGGACAAGAAGAACGAGGAGGCGGUGAGGGAGCUGGCGAACUUGCCGGAGCUGGGGGAAGAUUUCAGGCUGCUGUUCCAGAACAGGUUGAAGAGGAAGUUUGGAAACAUGGGGGCUGAGAAUGAGGAGGGAAGGUUGUGGGGAAGUGAGCAGGAGAGAAUGGAGGUGUGGAGGAAGUUCAAGGUUGCGGCAAAGAGAAGGGAGACUGCUAAAAUUGCGUCGUUCGUGUUCGAGGCCUUGGAGCCGGUGCCCAAUCCGCAGAUGGUGAAGCCGGGGGCUCACAUCCGGAUAAAGCUGCAGAAGCUCAUCCGCUCCUAUUCAGUGGUUGGUGGUGACAGCAACAUUCUGGAGAUCGGCGUUGCUCUGAACGACAACAGCCGAGGCGGCUCGAAGUACUUGCACGACUGCAUAUCCGCCGGAGACACUCUGGAAAUCAGCGCCGUCAACGAGAGCUUCCCGCUCCAACCACAAGCGCAGAAACACGUUCUGAUUGCUGGAGGAAUAGGCAUUACUGCCUUCAUCCCAGCAGCUCGAACACUGGCCUCCCAGUGUAUCCCAUGGGAACUUCAUCUGUGUGUCAACUCAGAAAACGACAUUCCAUUCCGCCGAUACUUGGAGAUUCUUGGCCACCGCCUGAUCAUUUACAGCAAGGCAGACGGAAACCGCUUGGAUAUCAGAAAACUCGUUGCAUCCCAAACGGUGGCAACGCACAUCUACUGCUGCGGCCCGGAGCGCAUGAUGGAGUCCAUGGCGAUGGCUGCAGACAGCCUGAAUUUCCCAAAGCAAAACGUACACUUCGAGGCCUUUACCGCAAACCUGACCGGCGAUCCUUUCUCGGUGGAGCUGGUCGACAGAGGGAAGUGUUUGGAGGUCCCGUCAAACGACACGUUGUUGGAUGUGCUGCGAGAGUCGGGCUUUGACGUUCCAUCGAGUUGCGAGGUGGGCAAUUGCGCAACAUGCAAAGUGAGGUUGGUCAGCGGGAGGGUGGAUCAUAGGGGCACUGCGUUGGAGGAAAAUGAAAAGCGCGAUAACAUGCUCUCUUGUGUCUCGAGGGGAGUAGGAAGGAUUGCAAUCAAGCUAUUAGUAGACUGA